CAAAGCGUUUGUGAGAGCCAGCGACCCUUUAGCUAGAGAAGCUUAACGACAAUGGCGACCAUGAAGAUAACGAUGAAUGUUCCUCAAACAUUUUUUCAAUUCAAAGACUGCAAACAUCCUACUAUUAAGAGCAAUCACAUACAUGUUCCAAGUUGGCAUACAUUAUCAACUAUCAAUCUUUUCUCUACAAUCCAAAGUCGAGAUGCAAGGAUUCUUGGCUCCUAUGUUAGACCACUACUUGCUGUUGAACCAGGUGUUGAAGCUUCAAUAUCAGAUGAGAAUGUGGUAACUAUAAAAAAUGCCAAUAUAGUUGUGGAGUCCCAAGAUGAUGAUAAGAUGCAAGUAAAAGUGGAAUUAUCAGGGAAGGAGACACAAAUUGUAUUUGAUAAGGUUCUCACAAAUUUGGCUCGUACAGCACCACCAGUUCCAGGCUUCCGCAGACAAAAAGGAGGGAAAACAUCCAAGGUCCCGAAAAGCUUUCUAUUGUCAAUUAUUGGUGAAGAUCGUGUUACAAAAUUUGUUAUUCAAGAAAUAGUUACUUCCACUGUGGCUGAUUACGUGAAAAAGAACAAUAUUUUGGUAAAGGAAAACAAGAUCAACACAAUUCAAAGUGCAGAAGAGCUAAAAUCAUCAUUUAACCCCGGGAGUGAUUUUGGAUUCAGUGCAACAUUAGAACUCGAAAAACUAGAUACUGAAACAAGUAGUUCAGACACGACUGAAGCAUGA